AUGAAACAGGGAAGGAGAUUAGGAACAGUCUUAACUGUGACAUACAACGAUUCAUCAAAAUAAAAUUGUUAAUAAGAAUUUAAACUUUUUCAUGUGAAUCUUGUCCUUCAUUGGACACCAACAAAAUGAAAGUAUUUGUGACAUGCGUUAUGGCUGUGAGCAUCUUAACUCUUCAACUUGCCACAGCCUCACUUUAUGAAUAUGUGACGGAGAAAAUGACCUUGUUGGAUGCCGAUGAAUUCUGUAAAAAGGAAGAAGCAGAGUUGUCCGACCUUAGCAAUAUGGCGGUUGAACAACAAUGUCCUGACAUUGAGGGAGAUUUAUGGACUAGUUCAAUCAUAUCUGCAACUCCUUAUAUGUCUUUACUUGGUUGCUUUGAACAGAAAACAACAGAAUUCCAUGAUUUAAACGUCACAUCUAUAAUUGGUUGCCAAUAUCAGUGUUUCAACACCUCAGCUUUCGCUAUUAUGGAUACAAAAUGUGCAUGUUUGGGGGAUUUGUCUUCCCUAGGAGAACCAGUGGAUCCCGCAUUGUGUAACAUAACUUGUGAAGGCACUUAUUGUGGCGGGAAAAACGUCACUAACGUUUACGUCACCGUUGAGAAGGAGUUUUUCAAAAGGAGGAUGCUCUUGAGAAACAAGACUAAAUUUACCUCUUGUGUGACCACGCAGUGUAUUGACAAAAAUCUACUUUACACGGAGACAGACUGCCAAACAGAUAAAGAAAUAGAAGCAGCUUGUAGUACUUUUUUCUCCUGUACAUUUGAACCCGGGGAUCCAUGCUUCCUUUCUCAAACUCUGGAAGAUGAUUUUGAUUGGACAAUAACAAAAAAUAAGACAACGUACGGACCUGAGAAGGCUUAUCAAGGAUCUUUUUUCGCAUUUGUUAACGACAGUAAAAAUUCUACUUUACAAGGGAAAAAAGCAACUCUCCAUUCAAACGUCGUUGUAUUAGCAGGUGGUAAAUGGUGCCUUCGGUUCCGAUACCAUACUCCAGACAUCCGCAAAGGCGCAAGCCUAAAUAUCAUUGCACAAUCUAUGGAGGGCAAUGUUAUUUUUGAAAAACAGUUCCUCAGUAGGGAGUUUAAAGAAUGGAGUUAUACAGAACUGGAAAUUGAUCUACGUGAAGAAAAAAAAGUGAAUAUCCUGUUUGAGUUUACAAGAGGUGAAGAUACAACCAAUUUUGCCUUAGAUGAUGUAACUUUAACACAAGGGACAUGUGAGAGGACGCUGACAACGGUUUUACUGAUGACGGGACGCCUGAAAUGUGACUUUGAAGGAAAUUAUGAUGUUUGCUUUAAACAAGAUAAAGGAGACAACUUUGACUGGUCAAUUACUCGGAAAGGACAAACAAAAAGCUCCGGAACAGGUCCAUCGGGUAAUAUAGAAGGAAACUACUUCAGUUUUAUCGAGGCGAGAGGCCAAAGAAGGGGAUACAAGGCCGUUCUGAUUUCUAAGUUUGAUUUGAAAGAUAUCAAUAUCACAUUGAGGCUCUUUUACAACAUGUAUGGCGAUAAUAUUCGCACUUUGAAAGUAUAUGCAACUAAAGAAAACCCACUAUUUACAAAGAAAGGAAAUCAGGGAGAAAAUUGGAAAAAUACUUCAAUAACAACUUUCAUUCUGGGGUCUCAAAAACUUUUCGUUUCCGCAAACGUAGACGGUAAAAGUCGCGGUGAUAUAGCCAUUGAUGACGUACAGAUCAAAGUCAAUCAGCCUAGUGAGUCCUGUGAUACUGACAAAAAUUACCCUCGCACGUGGCUGAGAAGCAGUAAGGAAUGCGUUCGCAAAGUCGCCUCCUAUCUAAUCCCUCACUCACAGUUGGAUAGCACACGGUGUUCGUUCUAUGAGAGCAGAGAAAGAUGGACAGGAAUACUGAGACCUCACCAAAAGUAUACAACCGCGGAUAUCAAAGAAAAGGGAAGAGAUCCGACCUGGGUACAGGUUUACAACGUCAGCAAUGGAGCACUUGUAUGGGAGCCGUUUAAUAGCACGAUGAUGAAGUCUUUUAUUUGUGUCAAAACAAAUAAUAUCUCGUCAUCAGAAAAUGACACGUGUAUAACGAGAAGACACGAACCAGAUUCAGAUCCUGUUAACCCUCUAGGUGGUCGAACCAAAAGUAACAGGGACAUAAUAAUCGGGACUGUUGUAGUGAUAGUGGUGGCUGUUUUAUUUAUCACUGUGGUGAUAGUUAUCUUUAAAAGAAAACUGAAAAUGAAAAUUAAACAUAAGAUGAACAACAUGGCAAUGACCAAUGUAACAUAUGAACGCCAAAACGACGUAAUAGCCGUCAAAAAAACAUACUUAAAAAAUUCCCAGAACUCUGAUGAACAUCCGGAUCAAGAAGAUUAUUAUGUCAACCAAAUGCCUGUCGAAAGUGGCCUAGCUGAUCAUUCAACUGUUCAACCUACGGAUGGAGACUAUGAUCACCUCCAUGCGACAAACAGCAAUAAAACGUCAGCAAAUGAUGACGUAUACAGUCACAUGACAGACGAUCAAUAUGGCUUCCAAGAAGAGCCAGAGGACGAUACUUAUGACCACUCGUCGUUCGGUCUUGUGGUGGAGAGUGAGUACGGGGCAGCUGUUGUGAAGGAAGACGGUUCGAAUACGUAUGACCAUACUUCGUCGAUCAAUGCCGCCUCUGGGGCAAUUGGCGAUGAUCAGGACAAAUACCAAAACACGAUGGCUUAACCGCUUCAGAUGCUAUACCCAUUCUAAUUAGCGAUAGUGAGUCAUGUUCAUCACUGGCUUCUUGGCCUGUAAUAAUUUGCCUACGAUAUACAGUGUCAUGACUUUUUCCAUUUUGGCAGCAGAGAAAUAAAGUUUAUAUCAAAUAUUUAGAGGAUAUUUACAUAUUUACAUAAGAUUAAGCUUUUCACGAGAAUUUUUAUAUGUGACGGGUUUUUUUAUUAAUGUAAAUAUACACACAUUCAUUAUGAUAUAACAUACCGGGGUAUGUCUCCAGUUUACCAAAGAUUAUUAUCGGGGGGGGGGGGGAUU